AUGGAGAGUAGACAUUCAAGUGAUCAAAAAACUGUUUCCGCUACUCAGGAUGAAUUUAGUACUCAAAUCUCAGGUGAAAUCAGUUUGUUAAAUCAGAAUUUGGAUGAUUUUUUAGCUGAGGAAGAUGCCUCAUUCAAUGAUGACGAUGUUUCAGUCAGUGAUUUCGAUGAAGAAGCGGGAAUAGGCAACAAGGAUGAUUAUAUUCAGACUGAAGAUGCUGAUGCUUUAGAGGCAAACAAUGAAAAUCAGAAUAAAUAUGAACUCUGUAGUGGAAUGGAUUUUAGUUAUGAUGAGUCUGCAUAUAAUGCUUAUAGAAAGUACGGAGGCAAUCAUGGUUUCGGCGUAAGGAGACAACGGACUUCGAGAAAAAACAAAAAGCUAGUAAGGAUGGUUUAUGUAUGCUCAAAAGAGGGGCUUAGACAGGAACCUAAGGUCAGGAAAUCAUAUUCGCGACCAACCACAAGGUGUGGUUGUAAAGCUCGCAUGUCUUGCUACCUUCAGAGUAACGGAAGAUAUAAGAUUAUGACUUUUGAGCCGAAUCAUAACCAUGAUUUAGUGAGGACACCUAUGAAGCAUUUGAUGAAGAGUAACCGAGCAAUCUCUAUCUCUCAAAAACAACAUGCCGAUGAUGCCGAUAUGUCAGGAAUUUCAGCAAAAGCAACAAUUGAAAUGAUGAGCAGAGAAGUUGGGGGGCAAGCAAAUCUGGGUUUUAUAGAUAAAGACAUGCGCAAUUACAUAUACCGUAAGCGAAUGGCAGCAAUGGAAAAGGGAGAUGCUGGAGCGGUUUUGGAGUACUUUCAGAAAAAGAAAGAGGAUGAUUCAUCUUUCUUUUACUCAAUGCAACUUGAUGAGGACGAUAUGAUCACUAAUAUUUUUUGGGCAGAUGAUCGGUCAAUUAGUGAUUACAAUCUUUUUGGAGAUGUCGUUUGCUUUGAUACAACUUACAAGACCAACGAAUAUGAUAGACCGUUUGCUCCAUUUGUCGGGGUCAAUCAUCAUAAGCAAACUAUUGUGUUUGGUGCUGCUCUCUUAUAUGAUGAAACGACCGAAUCUUUUGAGUGGCUUUUUCAGACUUUUCUUGGAGCAAUGUCUGGAAAACAGCCGCAAACAAUUCUUACUGACCAAUGUGCAGCAAUGGCAAAUGCAAUAGGAAAAGUCUUCCCUGAAACAAAACAUAGGUUAUGUGUUUGGCAUAAUUACCAAAAUGCUAUAAAGAGGUUGAGUUGUGUAUUUCAUGGACCAAACCAUUUUGCCACAGACUUUGGAAAAUGUGUAUAUGACCAUGAGAAUGAAGUAGAGUGGUUAUCGGCAUGGAGUAAAAUGCUCGAGAAGCAUGGAUUAACAGAUAAUAAAUGGCUGAAUGAUUUGUUUGAGUUGAGAGAAAAAUGGGCAAGGAUAUAUGGUCGUCAAACUUUUACAGCCGAUAUGAUGAGCACACAACGUAGUGAAAACUUUGGAAAAUGUGUAUAUGACCAUGAGAAUGAAGUAGAAUGGUUAUCGGCAUGGAGUGAAAUGCUCGAAAAGCAUGGAUUGACAGAGAAUAAAUGGCUGAAGGAUUUGUUUGAGUUGAGAGAAAAAUGGGCAAGGAGCGGUUAUAACAUGUUGCGCUUCUUUAAACACUAUGAGAGAGUGUUGGAUGAUCGACGCUUUAAAGAAUUAACUGCUGACUUCAGUAUGAUGCAUACCUCGCCGGUAUUAUCAGCUCCUGUAGAAAUGUUGCAACAUGCAUUGGAUGUGUAUACACCAGAAGUCUUUACCUUGUUCCAGAAGGAAUACAUAGCUAUAGGUGAUUAUGUUGCCAAAAGGUUUAAUAAGUCUGAGAUG